AUCGAGGUUGGUAUAGAGGACUUGUGUUUGCCAUAUAACAGAAGCGUUAGUCAUUUGUUAUAUAUAAUCAAUUUUCGUAAAUCAUUUGCCAACAGCAAAUGUUGCUUUUCGGGGACUUACAAUUCUUCAUGAGGGAUAGCAAACACAUGACACCUGGAGAUAUCAUGAAAACGAGCCAUUCACAUGAAGUCAGAGUCAGUGAAGUCAGCGUUGAUGUAGAAAGGACUGCUUAUUCUGAUAUAAAUUUAUUUCAGAAAAAUUGUAAUCCUUUGAUAAUUGGUAAGGGUAUAUUUUAUGUUCAGAACAGUAUUAAGCCACAGUGUCAAUUGUCAUCAAAUUCCAGCGAGGCUUGGGCUGACACAAGGGACAGCGUGUCCAAGCUUAGGCAGGCACAAAGUCCAGCGUGUCCGUUGGCCUACAACGUUGGCAUAUUCGGCGGUGUGGUGGAAACGUCAAAAGUUCACUUCAAUGAGUCCACAAAAUUGUUUCAAGACUGUGAUUUUAACAUUAGCCGGUCCUUAGCAACCGAAAACUCGUAUAAGCCCAACAAAGGAAAACUCUCAAAGCUUAUGAUAGAUGACGAUCACGAACAUGGCCGCCGUAUUGUAAAGUCAUGCUUGGGAGCUAUUGAAACUCCCAAAAGAAGUUGUUAUUAUUUUAUGGAAAGGCAACCAGACCUCUUAACGGGGAGGUUGCUAUCAGACAAAGUAAUUGUCAUCACUGUGAGACGCUUUUUGAACUGGAUUAAAUGUGAUGUAAAAGUAGACAUCAAUCCAAUUCUUGGAAAUAAAGAACGUGCUAAGAUGGAGCUGAAAAAGUCAAGAAUUAUACAGGGACUUGAAAGCAAAAGCAACGGCGACUUUUUCGAAGAGUUCAAUAAAAUCAAAAUUGACUUUCCUAACUUUAUAAUAUUUUCCUCUCCUGAAAUGACAAAAUGUAAGUUGCCUUUUGACAAGCAUCCCACAAUCACGGAUUUUACUUACAAAGCGGUGUCUUCCGGUUAUUAUCUGGCCUCAUCAGUUAUCUACGUCGAAAAAAUAAAAAAGUAUAGUGUUUUUUCAAGCUGUCAUUACUUACCAAACUGCAGAAAUUUUGCCUUCUACUUCAAAGCGUUGUUUAAGAAGUGUGCAAUCAAUCCAAAGUUUUUCUUUUAUAUAAUUUUAGAUUUCUCUAAAACUGAGCAACGAGGCUUUCAACAAGCCUGUAAAGAGCAUUUCAACACGGACGAUUAA